CACCAUCUCCAUCCAGAACACAGGACUUGCAAGAUGGCACCCGUCCCGACCGAGGUUGCUCGCGAUGAGCCCUCAACGUCAUCUGCGUCUGACUCGCCGAAGACGCAGAGGAAGCGAGCUGUCAUUGUCGGAUUUGGCAUGGUCGGCAUUGCAUUUGUAGAAAAGCUGCUCAAGUACGACAUCGAAGGAGGACGCGAUGAGUGGGAGGUGAUCGUCAUCGGAGAGGAGCCUCAUCUCGCUUACAACCGUGUAGGCCUGUCGACCUACUGGGAAAAGGCAUCGGCGGAGGAGCUUUACUUGAAUCCGCUGGACUGGUACAGCAGCCAUGCGCCAGGCAAGCUUGCCUACCACACCUCGGACCCCGUUGUGGCCAUCGACGGUGCCAAUAAGACGGUCAAGACGCAAAAGGAGAACGAGAUCAAAUACGACGUCUGUGUACUCGCCACUGGCUCUGAUGCGGCUCUGCCACCCUACAUCACCCGCGAACAAUUCCAGCGGACAGAAGGCGCCUUUGUAUACCGCAGCAUUGCGGACCUCGAGGCUAUGCUUUCCUACUCCAAAGCGCGCAAGGUCAAGAGAGCCGCGGUCGUCGGUGGAGGUCUGCUUGGGCUGGAGGCGGGAAAGGCACUCCUCGAUCUCGAGACGGUGGAGCAGGCCGUCAUCGUCGAGAGGAAUCAGUGGGUGCUCUCACGUCAGCUGGACGGUGAAGGUGGCAGGAUGGUCCUCGACAAGGUCAAGGCGCUCGGCGUCGAGGUUCUCCUCCAGGCUCGCGUCCGCAAUCUUGUUGUUGAGGAGGAGGAAGAAGAGGGCAAGAAGAUCGAGCGGCUGCAUGGCAUCAUGCUCGAGGGCGGAGCCGACACACAGCAGGACAAGCGGUAUGACUUGGACAUGAUCGUCUUUGCGGUCGGCAUCAAGCCGCGCGAUGACCUCGGUGGCGACGCCACAGGCAUCGUGACGGCACCACGCGGCGGAUUUGCAGUUGACGAGCAUCUCAGCACAAACGUCAAAGACAUCUACGCCAUUGGCGAAUGCGCCUCGUACAAGGGAGAGACCUGGGGUCUGAUCGCACCUGGCAUCGAAAUGGCCGACGUUCUCGCCUUCAACUUGACAGAAGGGCCUCACCACAAAAUGAGAAACAUGACAUCUCCAGACCUCAGCACCAAGCUCAAACUUAUGGGCGUCGAUGUGGCCUCGUUUGGCGACUUUUUUGCCGACAAGGGAAAGCUCACCAGGCCUGUGCCUGGGCAGUCUCGUCGGCGAGGCGGCGGCAAGAAGGACGAAGAUCAGGGUCCACCGCAGGUCAAGGCUCUCACGUACCGGGAUCCAUUCUCCGACGUGUACAAAAAGUACAUCUUCACCGCCGAUGGACAAUACCUCCUCGGCGGCAUGAUGGUAGGCGACGUCAAAGACUACGUCAAGCUCGUCAGCGUGUGCAACAAGCAAAAGGCGCUCGAGAAGCCCCCGGCAGAGCUCAUCAUUGGCGUCAAAAAGGAGGGCGAGGACGAAGGCGAUGACCUGGACGACGAUGCGCAGGUCUGCAGCUGCCACAACGUGUCCAAGGGCGCCGUGGUGCACCAGGUCAAGGAAAAGGGAUGCCGAUCGUUUGGCGAGAUCAAGAGCUGCACCAAACUGGGCACGGGCUGCGGAGGCUGCGUGCCGCUAGGGACAAGCAUCUUCAACAAGGCCAUGAAGGAUGCUGGUGCCGAGGUGUCGAACCACCUCUGCCCACACUUCAAACACUCACGGUCAGAUUUGUUCAUGAUUAUCAAAUUCCGAAAGCUCAAGGAUUUCCCAGCCGUCAUGGCCAGCGCUGGUGUCAAGCCAAACAGCCUGGGCUGCGAGGUGUGCAGGCCCGCUGUGGGCAGCAUUCUCUCGUCGCUUUUCAACGACUGGAUCAUGCAACCAGCGCUGCGGCAGACACAAGAUACAAACGAUCGCUUCCUGGCCAACCUGCAACGAGACGGCACGUACUCGGUCGUACCGCGCCUGCCCGCUGGCGAGGUGUCGCCAUUCAAGCUCAAGGUGUUGGGCGAGGUGGCCAGCGACUUUGGCCUCUACUCCAAGAUCACGGGCGGGCAACGCAUCGACCUGUUUGGUGCCCGCAAGCAAGAUCUGCCCGCCAUCUGGACCCGCCUCGUCGAUGCAGGCUUCGAAUCGGGCCACGCAUACGGCAAGGCGCUGCGUACGAUCAAGUCGUGCGUCGGCACGAGCUGGUGCCGAUUCGGCGUCGGAGACAGCGUGGCUUUUGCCGUCGAGCUCGAGAACCGGUACCGGGGUAUCCGCGCGCCGCACAAGUUCAAGUCGGCCGUCAGCGGAUGCAACCGUGACUGUGCCGAGUUCCACAGCAAGGACUUUGGUGUCCUGGCCACGCCCAAGGGCUGGAACGUCGUCGUGGGCGGCAACGGUGGUGCGCAGCCGCGGCACGCCUGGAUGCUUGCUUCGGACGUGACCAAACACAUGGCCAUCAAGCUCAUCGACCGCUUCCUCGCCCUCUACAUUCGCUCUGCCGACAAGCUGCAGCGCACAGCGAGGUGGAUCGAGUCGCUGCCCGGCGGCAUCGAGGAGCUCAAGCAGAUCAUCGUCAACGACAAGCUGGGCAUCUGCGACGAGCUGGAAAAGGACAUGCAGACCCUCAUUGGCACGUACCACUGCGAAUGGACAAAGGUGGUGCGCGACCCCGAGCGCCAAAAGGCCUUCCGCCAAUUUGUCAACACCGACGAGUCGCAGAGUGCGAUUGAGCGCGUGCGGGAGCGCGAACAGAGUAGGCCCGAAUACUGGCCCGAGGACGUGAGCCCGCUCAAGUUCAGCGUCCUCGACGUGGCGCAGAGCGCACCGUGGGAGUGGCGGAGGAUGUGCGAGGCAAAGGAGGUCGAUCCCAACGAUGCAGCCACAUCGAGCGCCGUGGUCAAGUACGGCGACGUGCAGAUUGCAAUCUACCAUGUCCCCGGGCGUGGCUGGUACGCCUCGCAGCAAAUGUGCCCGCAUCGGAGAGCCACUGUGCUGGCCGACGGCCUCAUUGGCGAGGACAAGCAGGGCAGGCCUUACGUGUCGUGUCCGCUCCACAAGCGCAACUACCUCCUGGACCCAGAGGUCGAAAAGGAGGGUGGCUUCUGCGCAAAGGUCGACGAUGAGGGCUACGUCUGCCUCAACCUGCCCCCGACCGAGGCCCUCGACGCCGUGCUCUCGACGAGCAAGUGGAUGAUCCGAAAGGCAAAGGAGGAGUCACACAUUCUUUCCGGAGGCAAAGCUAGUGACUUCGACCAAGAGGGAAGCGACAAGAAGCAAGACGCAGGCGGUGUCGAGAUUGCAGAGAUCAAGGAAGAUGUCCAGGAGAAGGGGGCAAGCAAGGACGAGCCAAAGAAGGCGUCUUGCGGCGACACGACGAGCGGUGGCAAGCUCGACUGGUGA